CACUGCAAGCAUGGCGGGAGAAAUACACAUUUGAUUUUGCUGAAUAUACAAAUCUAUCAACUGAUGUGUUGAACAUCGUUGUUUUGUAGAUGUAUUAACGUGUGGAGAUUUUAUACGGAUAUACCAAAUCUACUCGUGGUGUUUUUCUACUGGACAAUUCUCUGAUUGUCACCACACAGGUGAGAUGAGCUGUAAAGGGAGACCCCCGGGCUCGGUGACGCAGACCGUGGCAGGGAAGUUCCACGUCAGCCUGGAGGUGUUGUGUCGAUGGAGUGACGGCCUCUUCUACCUGGGGAAGAUCAUGAAGAUAGACGAUAAGGUUGGCAAGUGUCUGGUCCACUUUGAAGACAACUCUGAACAUUGGGUGCUUUUCAAGGACAUUCAGCGAGGGGCCAUCAAGGGCGACAUUGCCUGCUGUAUAUGCCGAGAUGAGAGGUCGGAUGUCCCCAAUGAAAUAGUACUGUGUGACAACUGUGGACUAGGCUACCACCAGCAGUGUCACAAUCCCCCAAUAGAUGACGCCAUCCUGCAGCCCAGCGUGGACUUCAUGUGUAGGCUGUGUGUGUUUGCUACCACCGUCAAGAGAGGAGGCGCUCUCAAGAAGGGACCAACAGCAAAGGCUUUCCAAACCAUGAAGCAGACAUUUCCAUACAAUUUGAACAAGUUGACGUGGGAUGCGCAACACAAGACAAACAGCCAGCAGUGCUACUGUUACUGUGGGGGGCCUGGAGACUGGUACCAGCAGAUGUUGCAGUGUUGUCGAUGCAGACAGUGGUUUCAUGAAGCCUGUACACAGUGUCUGGAGGUGCCGCUGUUGUGUGGGGACAGAUUCUACAUGUUCGUGUGCUCCCACUGUAACCAUGGCCCGGAGUACAUCAAGCGGCUGGAUAUGAAAUGGGUGGACAUUGUCCACUUGUCUCUAUUCAACCUGACCGUGGAGGGCACCAAGAAGUACUACGACCUGAUUGACGUCAUCCUGCCCUGGGUGUGUGACAGAUGGGACAACCUGCAGCUGGACAAGUUGAACUGUACGUCAAACAAGGAAGUGGAGAUGGAGGUGCUGCAGUCCCUGCAGACGCACAAGUCCAGGUUCAGUUGGGGUCGUGAGAUCAAGAAGAAGAUAACGCUGUGGGGGUUGAGAGUCCGCGUCCCCCCUCCUGCCCCGACCGUCAUCCUGCCAACCGACGGACACAUCUCGGAUGAGGUCAUGUCUACUCUGCAGAUGAAGGGACGGAAAACAAAAACUUUUGUACCCAUAGAAUGCAGCUCUCCAAUUCCAGUGAAGUAUACCAAGAGGAAAUGCAUGGAUAUCGAUGAUUCCAUCGUCUUUAAGACCAAAAAAGCCAAAAGACUGCUCCUUGAUGCAAGAAAGGUAUGGAACUCCCCUGACAGCCUAAGCCAGAUGUACAGUGGUUACAAUGGAUGCCGUAAACGUUCCUUCAGUCGCCGCUCCAUCAGCCACAAUUCUGAUGACUACGACAGCGGCUUCGAGACAGCAUCCCACUGUACGCUCGAGAGCAUCAUCCCACCACCAAUCAACUUCGAGGGAUCCAACCAUCCUUUCAAGACUGUUGUGGAGCGAAAUGAAGAAAUUGCCAAGCACGAGCGCCUUCGGGCCAGGUUACUGGAUUUAAGUCGGUUAAAUUCUGACUGUGACAAUUCCUCUCAAUACUCGCUGGACUCGUCCCAGUUUUCCGUGGAUGACGAGUCCAUUGAUUUGAUAAGUGAGGACUAUGAAGAAGAAGAGCAGCCGGAGGAGUUGCCCAAGAAAAGGAGCAGACGCAAGAAUCAGAAAUACGACGCCAUGCUCGACGGAUACGCGAGAAAGAUACCCAAAAAGAUAUGGGGUUUACCCCACCCGGUGAAGAACGUGGUCGAUCCACGUGCUAUACAUGCGGUAAGAGCUCAGGAAGUUAAUUUCCAGAGUCUGAAGUCAAGUGUGAAGCAGUAUUUUGGUGCCGCGGACCGUCUGGCUCACGGGGAGAAGUUCCACGUGUUGGCGAGACGAGUCACACCGAGCAGCAAGGUCCAGUACCUCGUGGAGUGGGAGGGGCUUGUGUCAUAGUAGACGGAUACUCUAGGUUCUGGUCACUGACUGAAGCAUCAAGGAAUUGACACUUUGUGCCAUGAUUAGGGUUUUUUUAUAUCGGAGGUCUAGUUGCGAUAAGUUUACGAUUAAUACUACUCAAGUUUUGAAGGGGAUACCAUGACUUCAGGCUUUCUUCCUACUUUAAGCUGACAUGCCGUCAUGUGACUGAAGUUCUUUUCAAUGUGACAUUAACCAAAACUCAAGGAUAGGGAUACCAGGGUUUAACAGGCUUGAAAAAGGCUGUGAAUUUGGAUUCUGCCUUGAAUCAAUUUUUUCAUCAAUGAAGUAACAUCAUCAGAAACAACUGAUCCGUUUCCUGUCCAAUGAUCGGCUGCUUCUGUUAAGAGUUAAAGUUUGGGCAGUUUGAAAAAGCUGAAAUUUUUCAAGCACCCUGGAUAUAAAGAUAUUAAUAAGGGUAGUGGGGUAGCCUAGUGGAGUAAGUGUUUUCUUAUGACGACGAAGACCCAUGUUCUGGUCCCCGUUGCUGUGAUAUGGCUUGAGUAAAGCUGUAAUGAACCGUUUCUGGGCCAAUAAAUUAUUGUUAGUUGUUAAUUGGUGUGCAACAGAACAUAAGGUACACCCUAUCAAAAGUUGAAUAGGUCUGUCCUGUCCUGUCCACACAGUAUGAAACACAACUGGUUCUCAGACAAUGAACUUCUGCCGAGAUAUAACGACCUUGAACAUGUAGGUUCUGGGACAAGGUCAUAGUCAGCAAUCUUUGUUUUCUGAGCAGAACUAAAAUAUCUUUUUGAAUUUUAUCAGAAUUCCUUCCCCCAGCUAUUCAACCUACUGUAUUGGUCGACACAUGGGUUGAUGAUGUGCAGAGAUAAUAUUGAGAAAAGUGGGUGUCUUGAGCAAGACCUAUUAACCUUCGAACCAUGCCUAAUAAUUCAACAUAUGGUACAGGGUGUGCUUUCCCAGGUGCACACUUUCGGCAAUUUGUUUAUGGCCCCAAAGCUGUCUUACUGUCAAUGAAAGGUUUAUGAUACGGAAGUUGGUGAAGUGUCACACCCUAAUGAUGUCAUGCAGUCAGUGACAAGGAAUUUGUCCACCCAUCACUUCGGUAACAAGUUUGUUUUGAAAGAAAACUGGUAGCCCCUCCAUCGAAAACAUCUUAAGCUUGUUGGUUGUUGACAGCUUAUUUUCCGUUGCCUGAGAACCAGUUUGUAAUAAUGUAUUGGGGUUUUUUUUAAAUAUAUUAUUAUUUAUUUUUCAUUUUUUUUAAUACCAUGGGAUCGAUCUUGAGUAAACACAAGUGCAAAUGUACAAAGAAUGAGAAUAACUACUUCUAAAAAAAUCCAAAUAUUUGAGAAAAAACUGAUCACAAGUACUUCUUUUUUUUUUCAACAAAUCGAAAUAGUGACUGGACAGUCUCCUAUCAACCUGAAUGUUCAAUAUUUAGUAUUUAGUUCAAAUCAUGAUUGUGCCAUUUUAUUAUGAGAGAUGUGUGUUGGAAGUGUGCCUGACCAAAUUAAUUGCUACUGCAAUUAUUGUAUCUAUAGGAAUAUAGAGUUAAGAGUUGUGGCUCUAGAUUCUGAAGUAGGGUAGAAAAAUCAGAUUUGAAACAAGCAGAAAGUACUCAAUUUCAUAAGUCUAAACAUUCAGCUAAUUCAAGAAACAAAAUAUUUAUACCAUUUUCCCAUUUCUUGGCUGGAACAAAAGAAUGUGAUGGUUGAAAUUUGUGGUGAAUGAAGAAUGUAAAUUAAUUUCUAUUACCAAAGAAAUUAAUGUUGCCAUUAAAUUUUGUACAUAGUUACCUCCCUUUACUACCAGGAAGCCAAGCUCCUCACAGCAAUAUCCCAUUCACGGAGCUCUCUGUACUAUCACUGCCACAAGUGAAAGCUCCACACUGUGAUGGGUGGCAAAACCAUGCUUGGAGUUGAAUUCGCGAUGGUCUGACAGUUAUGUUUACAAACAAAUGAUGCCUGUCGUGACGCAGAAUACUCUUACUCCUGCUAAAAAUAUUUUCUUUGUCAGUUUGAAUUUCUGUUUUAUUAGAACUAUCAUGUAAUUGGAAUAGUAAGAAUGUAAGGAGGAAGUUCGUUGAUUUUUCCAUCAAACAAACAAGAAGGUAAAUUCAUCGAGGAAAUAUGGUCAGUCGUAAACCUUUUCAGAAUUACCUGUGAUGGCAUUAUCAAAGACAUAAACAAAAGUAUGAACGUUACUACAUUUGGGGUUAGAGGGCAGAUUACAAGGUUCUUGUAAUGGCCGCACACUCACUGGCUGCAGCAAUGUUACCAAGAGUAACGAAGGUGUCACGUGCUGGGUAGGAGCUUGCCAGGUAACAAUGAGUGGAACAACGCGGUGGAAUGUGGAACACAAAAGUUCUUCAAAGACUUGCUUUCAAAUUAACCUGAAAUUUGUAACAGGUUGACAUUGAAAAACACUUUAGCGAGAAGCUCUUCCAUUUAGCCAUCAUUAGCAGAAGAGGUACAGUGUUUAUGUGGAGGUGUUUGUGUCAGUCAUAUGUAAAUAUGUAUAUACAUAUACAGAAAAUAUUACCCAUUUACAAAUAAAAAGAUUGAUUGUAUCAUAAUGAAAGUAACCAGUCACACUGAAGCAUCUUCAAACAAAGCCCCGACCAAUUUUCUUGUCUUAGAGAUCUGACCAAUUUUCUGUUUAAAAAAAAUAAAUAAAAAAAUAAAAAAUUAUAAUUCACAAUCGACACUAAAAUAUUGAAUCAUUUCUCAGUGGAAGGGACCAACUCUUCCUAAUUGUCACUUGCCAUCAGCAGAAGUGUAAAUAAUUUCAUUGGAUGCUGCAUCGCUGCCAAUCCAAUCACUUCAUUUUUCCAUUUCUGAAAAUGGCACUUUAUCGAGGCCGGAUGUGAAGUUAUUGUUGGUGUUUCUUGUAUGGUUUGGGGCGGUCAGGUAGCCUGGUGGUUAAAGCGUUCGCUCGUCACGCAGAAGACCUGGGUUCGAUUCCCGACAUGGGUACAAUGUGUGAAGCCCAUUUCUGGUGUCCCCCACCGUGAUAUUGCUGGAAUAUUGCUAAAAGCGGCGUAAAACCAUACUCACUCACUCACUCACUCUUGUAUGGUUUUGUAAAUGUCGACUAAGUGCUUCAGCUCACAGGGAAAAAAACCAGAACAGCUUUCUGAUGAAGAAAAUAGCUGAAACGAAGCUGACUGACACAGUUGGUAAUUUGUCUUUGAAUUUCAUUUCAACAUGCUGUGCCGGAUCUUCUUGGAGUAGCAGGAGUUGUUUUCUGUGCAGUUACCCCAUAAAUCAGGAAAUAUUUAACAUUUGCAAAGGUUUUUUUUCCCCUCCUGCAUCCAUUGUUUUCUGUGCAGUUACCCCAUAAAUCAGGAAAUAUUUAACAUUUGCAAAGGUUUUUUUUCCCCUCCUGCAUCCAUCCUUCAUGGCUUCAUAAACCUGUAAUACAUGUACAAACAUGUCUUUAUAUUCAUCUAGACUUCUUUUCUUUUUCUCUUCUUUUUCCUUUCCAUCCUGCCAAUUUGGUCCAAAGAAUCUGUAAUACAAGAAAACAUUGGUCUUGCCUAAUUAGUGAAUGCAAAUUCGCCUUGUCAAACCCUUCCCAGUGAGAGAAUGAAUGCAAGGGGGUGCACUCAGCCACGAGACAGUCUCACCACCCCAUUCUCACGUUAGCCGGCUCUUACAAUAAGCCUGAGAUGCGGGGAUGCCAAGGAAUCCUCACAGGAUCUGUUCCACAGAGCAACCUUAGUGCUAUCAAUAAAAAAAAGGAAGUGGCGUAGCCUAAUGGUUAAAUUGUUGGCUUGUCACACCAAAAACCCAGGUUUGAAUCCAAAAAUUGUGUCAAGCCAGUUUUUGGUGUCGCCUGACAUCCUAUGGCUGGAAUAUGGCUAAACGCGGCCUAAUACCAAACUCGCUCACUCCUCUCUACUUAACGUGUGCAACAUUAUAGGGACUCACCAUUUUAUGUUUUGGGAAGGGGAGGGAAUGUGUUGCCAGAACUUUUCUGGGGUGGCCCAGUGGGGACUGCAAGUUAUGGGCCAUGUUCCACAAAGUGAUCUCAGCACUAUGACUAUCAUAAGUCUAUGUUAUAGUAUGGGAGUUCCCAUUGUAAUGCUAAGAUCCCUUUGUGGAACGCCUUUUCCUUUGCUAGAAACCUAUAAUCAUGGGUUUGAAUUCCUGGUUUGGCGUGAUUAUGUUUCUAGAUUUGUUAGCACCAUAUUUAUGAAUAAGUGUCCCCAACUGGUAAACAUCAACAUGCAUCAGUCUGGGCUUUUCUCCCAGAUCAAGUGGACACGCCGUGAUAUAACUGAAAUACUGUUCAAAGCGGCCAAAAACACACAACACUAUUGGAUUCCCAAAAGGGUUUUGGCUCUUGGUUACACGAUUUGCAUGUUAACAACUUAUUUUUACCAAUUCACACUCUGAACCAAGCACAAGAAUGAAGGACGGGUGACCAUUUCUUCCUUGGAGCAAGGCUCUGAAUAAGCUGAAGAUGCCAGAAUUCUUGAACAGUUUUCUUUGAUUGACAAACUGGAAGUGUGACAUAAAUUGUAGCCACAAUGCUCAGUAAAUGGUAACAAUGAAUACUGUUAUGAGGACAAUGUAAGAGGAGUCAAUGUGUGUGAAUUGUAACAAAUGUUAUAUUUGGGAUAACACUUUCUGAGUAUAUUGUUUAUAUACUACUCAAAAUAAGUUCAAGAACACCUGAUGUUUUUUACAUAGAUAUAGUUAGUCUGUCACUUCUUGGUCAAUAUGGGGUCGGUCGGGUAGCCUAUUGGUUAAAGCGUUCGCUCGUCACGCAGGAGACCCGGGUUCGAUUCCUGACAUGGGUACAAUGUGUGAAGCCCAUUUCUGGUGUCCCCCGCCGUGAUAUUGCUGGAAUAUUGCUAAAAGCGGCGUAAAACCAUACUCACUCACUCACUUGGUCAAUAUGACAUGAUAUCAUUGAAUCAACCAAGUCACAGAGCCUGACAGAUUAACUAUAGCUAGUAUGAAAAAAUCAGGUAUUCUUUAACUCCUCGGAGGUGUAUACAUAAUGCAACAGUCCUUAUUAGUUAGAAUAGGUCCACAGACUCCAGAGAUGAGCACCGAAUGUUAAGAAAUUAAAUCUGUGAAAUGAAAAGCAUGUUGGUCUUUCAUACCAUGUUUUAAUGUGUGAGUGUGUAUUUAUGAUAUGUUUUAUCAAUUUUAUAUUAAACUAACUUUUAAGA